AUGAAUUUAAAACAAAUAGAGCGAAGGUUUGACUUACUUGACAAGAGAGAAAAAUAUGUAAAUUAUUACUAUAACCCCCUUGCUCAACCAAUUCCUGGGCUGAAGCAAUCGUGCCAUAUUAAAGAGCUGAAAAGAGAUGCUGAGAGGGAUAUUCCCAACUAUGGAUUAGUAUCUCAAAAUUUAAACAGUGAUUCAAAAGGAAAGUUAAAACCAUACCAGGAUUCAAAUAACCAGUUCAAACACAUCAAGAGCAAUAUUAAACAGUAUAUGAAUUAUGCACCCAGAUCUGAUUCCAAGAAGGAUAAUAAGUACGAGAUCACAGGGCCUCAGCUUAAAAAGAUAGUUCUUCCAGGUGGCAGCAAAAAUAGCAAGAAACAUCAUCAAGACAAAAGGUUCAGAGAUGGAAUGGAAAACUCAUUGAUGGACAACACUCUUGUGGGAUCCCAGUCUGAUCUCGAAUCUCGGCUGAAAUCAGCCCAAAGGGCUGAUGAAACUGAGUACAAGAUUCUGAUAGAGGGAGAGAAGAGAAUUCAUCAUGGAAAAGUUACAUUUAAAUAAAUUUACAACCUCAGCCAAUUCUAGAGAAAAGCAAAAGCGUAUAAUGAAUUCUUCUGCCUUAGUGAACCUAAACAAGAUUAUACAUAAGAAACAGGGAUUGAACGAGAGUAUGAGAGCUCCUAGUAAAUGAUCUUUUACUACUCCUAUUACAAAAUUUAAUCUAACUCAGACCUGAGGGACAAAGCAAAUCACAGCUGAGCCAAGCCAAAGGAUAAAAAAGAACAGCAUCAUUGGAAAAGAGCUGACUCUGUAUGAAUCCCAGCUUAAUGGAAGAUUCAAGAAGAGGAUUUGUAGUGCAAAACCUCUUAAAAGGAACCAUAGAAGAGUUUACUCAGAACAAUUCAAUAUUCCUCAACAUUCUGAAGAUAAGAGUUACAUUGUUAACAACACUGAGUACGAUCAGAUGAGGCUUAUUGUCAACAGGACACCAAGAAGAGCUCCUAAGGUUCAUAAAGUAAACAUUGAUACAGAGUCUCCAAAAGAAGUGCUUAUUCCUGGUGUGGAUGAGCACUUCUUGUACAAAAUUAGACUUCCAGAGGGUAUAAAAUAGCAUGACAGAGAAUUUUGAAAUUGACAUUGAAAAAGACAUCUGACUUCAUAUGGAAUCUGAACUCUUUACAGUAAAUGUAAAAAUCUGAAUGAUUUCUCAACUAACAGAUGAUUUCAAAUACAUUGAAUUCAUUGACUGUCCGAUAAGGUCAGAUUUGAAUGUUAUAUUGUGACCCUCAGAAGAAGACCCAACUACAUUGAAUCCAUCCAAGCAUUUCCCUUGGGUAAAAGAUAGAGAAGAUAUCGAGAAUCAAACUUUCCAAGUCAGAGUUACUUUCUGACACUAUAAAAAUACCAACCAGACUGAAGAGAUCAUGAGCAGAUUUGUCCAUUUUGGAAAGCUUAACAAAGAGAAACUGUGCAAGAUUUAUCUACAGAUUGGUAGAUACCUUCAAAGUCUAGACAUGAACAGCUCAAGAAAGCAAAGCUUUACCAUCCCAAACCCUGAAAAUAUCAUAAAAUAAUGCAAAUUCUGAUUCAAGGAUAAGCCUCCUGUUCAAGACAGAUGGAUUCAAGAGCACUUCUUAUCUGGAUGAUCUCAAUCUUGACCCAAAGAAGUUAUCUAAAAUAAAACCUCAAGGGAAUUCAUGCAAGAUCAGCGGGAGUGACUCCCUAGAUACAAUGUCAGGGCUGGUGUUUUCAAAGCUUCUGGUGGAGCUAGAAAAUGAAAAUUUUGAUGAUAUUUUCCAGCUAGUGAAUACUAUUCAUGGGCAAAUAAACUUUGAAAAGGGGCCAAAUGCAUCACAAGAGCCUAUUCUUGUACCAAACCCUCCAAAGUUCUCUAAAGUAAAUCAAAAGGCACUGGCUCUAACAGUAGCAGAUUUGGCAGAUCUCAAGCGUGAGCUAGUGAGACUAAAUGAGUUUUUCUCUGGUAAUCAAGUAAUUCUCGAGUUUGCUUCAAAAAUCAUCCAGUUACAUUGUCAUAAUGAAUUCUCCAUCUUAGUGGCAGACACUUCUACUGAGGCAAAGAACCAGGAAUUUCUAAAGUUUAUAAAAAGUAUUGAGAAAAUAGACAAGAAUAAAAGAGUUAGAUUCAGGACAUCUCCUGAAAAACAAGCUUCUCGAGUCAAAACUGGAUAUAAUAAGAAAAGGAAGAACUUAACCUCUGGGUUUAGAAAAUAGAAUAUUGAGCGCUCACCAAACAAAAAUGCACUCUUGAAAAUCAGGGAUUAGAAAGAACGAUAGGAAAAGUAACGAAAUGUCUCAUAAAGAAGAAUCUCAAUUCAUUCCUCUCGUAAAGCUCUCUUCUACAGGCCAAUUUAACUAUCUCAAAAAUUCUGAACUCCAAGACCUCUUAAUAGCCAAACCAGCUCCAAAAUCAACCAAAACCAAUCCCAAGGCCUCUUCCCCACCAACCCCAAAACGCCCUUCCUCCAAACCGCAAUGCUCUAAAGCUCUCUACAAUCAUUUCACCCUCCAAAACUUCCCUGAAGACAUCCAAAUCCAAUGUCACAUCAAAACCUCCAAAGACUCCAAAUCCUCGAAACGUAGCAAGAAAGCACUUGACAGUACCCUAAACCAAUCCUCUCUCGAUAGCUCUCUCCACGCUAGCUUGAUCCCAAUCCAUCCUCGUGAGCCCCACCCCAAAAUUUCCCAUCGCGCUUACGGAUCCAAAUCCCCACCUAGCCCAAGUGCCGCUCCUUCUUCAGCCGCGGCACCAUUCCCUAAAUUUGACCUAACCCAGAUGAACCAGUACACUGAAUUAUCGUACAAAAUCACAGAUCUAGAUCCAGUCACCACUGCACAAGAUGCUGACAACACAGAAUUUCUGAACAAGCCACUGAGAGUCGUUGCCCAGCCAGCGAGAUUUUAUGUACAAUAA